GAAAGUAGAUGACGUCAUCAGAAGUUGUGUAGCUGAAGUGACGGGCGCGACAGAGUGACGGAGAUUUGAUUUAGCCUCAUCCUUAUCCUGUGGACGAGCUGUCCAGGGUGAAAGUACAUGUGAGCUAGCAUUCGCGAUGCGACAUUCACUGAAAAGCGUUUUAUCUUUAUUGUCGUCAUUGCUUGGAUUAAUUAUAACCGUGGUUGUCAUAAGGACAUUGACUUAUUCCGUGCGGACAGACGACGUAACACCGUGUGCUAAAAGGGAUGAAGACUUCGUGCAGGCGACGGAUGCUGUGGUGGAGAGAUUUCGCCAGGCGUUGAGAAUACGGACGGUUGCCGCAUCUCCUCACGUUUACGAAAGAGAGGAACUCCAGAAGCUUACAUCAUUUAUAAAAUCUGCCUACCCCAACAUUCAUUCCUCGCCAUUUAUCAGUUGUGAAGAUGUAGCGAAUUACAGUUUGUUGUACACAGUCUUUGGAGAAAACACCAGUCUCACCCCGUACAUGAUAACAGGACAUCUUGAUGUUGUGCCAGCUGACUCUAGCUUGUGGGACCAUCCUCCAUUUGGGGCAGAGAUUCAUGAUGGUUUUAUCUAUGCCAGGGGAACAAUUGAUGAUAAACACAUUGUCAUGGGUGUUCUGGAGGCUUUGGAACACCUACUGUCUCAAGGAUUCAGACCACAAAGGUCAUUCUACAUUGGCUUUGGGCAUGAUGAAGAGGUGACAGGUUUGGAUGGUGCUAGAUCUAUCAGUAACUUAUUGUGGUAUCGAGGGAUUCGCAAGUUGGAGUUUCUAAUCGAUGAAGGACUGACCAUUUUAAACAAUGUUAUACCAGGGAUAGAUGGACCUGUAGCACUUAUAGGGACAGCAGAGAAGGGAUAUCUGACCCUGAAGUUGAAUGUGAAAUGGGACACCGGCCAUUCCUCCAUGCCCACCAAAGAGACAAGUAUUGGAAUUAUGGCUAAUGCAGUUUCAAAGUUAACAACUGACUGCCAUCCAAGCAUGUUUGGGCAAGGUCCUGAGCUGGACACCUUCCAACACCUUGCCGCACAUAUGAAGUGGCCGUACAGAAUGGUGAUGUCAAACUUGUGGUUAUUUAGACCCAUCAUAUCUUGGGUUUUAUCAAAGAAACCAUCAACUAAUGCGAUCGUCCGUACUGUAACAUCAGUCACCAUGAUAAGUGGGGGUGUGAAGGUGAAUGUGCUACCUCCCGAGGCAACGGCUUAUGUCAAUCACAGACUCCAUCCUGCCCAGUCAGUCCAGGAGGCAAUAGAAUUUGACCGCCAGUUAAUAGGAGACGACCGUGUCCAGAUCAGUGUAGAAUCAUCAAUGGAGCCCCUGCCGAUGUCCCCCUACGGAGACUAUGACUUCGGUUUUCAGACAGUCAAAUCCAGCAUCAGACAGGUGUGGACGGAAGCAGCGGUAGCUCCAGGAGUAUUGAUUGGCAACACGGACACGAUUCACUACACUCGGUUUACCCACAAUAUCUACAGGUUCAGUCCAACGUUCAUGUUCCCGGACGAUAUCCCACGGUUCCAUGGAAAUAAUGAGCGUCUUUCUGUCCAUAACUAUGAACAAGCUAUUAAUUUCUACAAACAUUUGAUACAAAAUGCUGAUGCAGUGUCAUUGCCAACAUACCACAAACAUGGAGAAGAGCUGUGAACACUCAACACCAGGAGGAUUAUUGUGAUAUUUAUUACUUCAAUGAACAAAAUGUAUUGGUCUAAUGAUAUUAUUAUACAGUUUUGUAGGCAGUGUCUUGACUUUUUUUUUAAUCUAAUCUAUUAUUUGCAUUAUGAUUGUGUGUUUUUGACAAUUAUUUUGUCCAGGGUUAAUUUUUGGUAUUUUAAAAAUGGGUACCUCGAUCUUUAGAUUGGUUUGGUUCGUUUUUUAGCACACUUGGCUCAAAGGGCCAAGUGACCUUUUGCCAUGAUGCGGUGUCUGUCGUUUGUUAUCUGUUGUCAGUCCAUCGUCAACUUUCCAUUUUAACAUCUUCUCUCAAGGCCCAAGAGGUCCAGAAACAAGAUAUUGGGCAAGCAUGAAGGGCCAGCCUACUAAGUUUGUUUUAAUGAAUGACAUUGACCUACAUUCAAGGUCACAGAGGUCAAAUAUGCUAAACUUUCAAUAACUUCUUGAUAACCAAGAGGCCCAGUUACCUUAUAUUGGGUCAGUUGCAUGCUGGGAUAAAGGACUGCAAUGUUUGUUCAAUGAAUGACCUGACCAAGAGUCCAUUGUGCAAAUGUGACCUCUUCUCAAUAACUAAGAGGCCCAGGAGGUCUUAUGUUUGGGAUGUAACUUGCUGGGAUGAAUGACUUCCAACUUUAGGUGUUGAUAUUCAAACAAAUGACCUUGUUCUAUAUUCAAGGUCAAAGAAGUCAAAAAAUGUUUUAAAUCUUUUAACAAAUUUUUAACAACCAACAGACCAAGGUAUGUGUGUUCAAUAGGAUUUGUUUGUUGCCAACUGUAUACAGUAUAAGUGUACUACUGUGUAUGUAAUUAUACAGUAUAUCUGGAAAUAAACCCACAACAAUCAACUACCAAUGACUUUUACCAUGCAGAAAAAAAAUCAUUAUAUUUAACAAGUAAAUGUUUCACCUUAAACCCACUUCUCGGAUUAAUGCCAUGUGAGCGAUACAGGCCGAUUGGGCCUCUUGUUAUUUUUCAACAUCCUAUCAACAGCUAAAGUAAUUUAAUGAGUGCCUCCCAUGUUUGCGAUAUGCAUGCAUGUAGUGUGUGUGUGUGUGUGUGUGUGUGUUUAAAAACCCAUCAUUUGGAGGGAACCAUCCACUUUUGUUUUAUAAUAGUCAAGUCUAUUUAGCUAUUUGAAAGAAUUAAUUAUUUUUUAUUUAAAUGGUUGUAAAAUUGUAAAAUCAACAAAAGGCUUAGUUUGUCAGAACAACAGGUCUUAAUUGAGCUAAGAAUGUCCUCAUAUUUUAAGGUCACCUGAGGGUCUCAAUUAAGUGACAUAUUCGAACCAACUUUUAUCCGUCACUGUGCAAAGUGCAUUGUGCAUUGUCCAUUUGUAAAGAGUUCACAUUUUCAACUUCUUCUCAUAAAACCCUGAACCAAUAUAUCAUUGAAAGUUUGCAAAAGCCUUCCAUAAGGUCAAUCAAAAUUGUAACUAUGGUCCUCACCACUGGGGGCCUCAGAGAGCAGGCCCAAAAAUGGCCAAAUUGAUUAAAAUUUCAAAAAUCUUCUUUUCAAUAACCAGAUAUGACAGAAUCAAAUAUUCUUUAUAGAUGGACGAGUCUCAUUUCAAGAUUAAGGCACUUUACCAAAAUUAGGAAUUUCAUGACCCUGGGGUCUCAAGUUUGCCCUUCCAGGGAGGGGUAAACGUUUAUAU